AUGGUCCAGCACCUCCUCACCCCCACGGGGGAGAAGAGCUCCAGCGUCGCCACAGCGGAGCCAGAAGCUGAAGAUGAAGAAGCCUCUGAGCCGGGAGCGCCAGUGGAGAAGAAGAAGAAGCAGCAGGAAGGAGCGUCUGAACCGGAGCACCACCGCUGUGAGAACUGUGGCAAAUCCUUCGCCAGGAGGAGCAGCGUCGCCCGGCACCAGCGUCACCACUGCGGCGCCACCAAGGGACCGCCGAGCCGGCCCGAGACAGAGCUGACGGAGCAGACGGAGCAGUUGGAGCAGACAGAGCUGGAGACGCAGUCAUGCGACCAGCGCGGCCAGACCCUCCGGAGUAACCGCCGCUCACGGCAGCGUGCACACCUCCCCACAGAGGCCGGUGAAAAUACCAAGAGUAAAGAAGCACCAGAGGAGGCGAGUCCAAGAGAGAGACCCUACGUCUGCAAGCAGUGCAACAAGAGCUUCUACAUGCCGCACAUCCUCCGUCAGCACCUCCUCACCCACACGGGGGAGAAGAGCUACACCUGCGACGUGUGCCAUAAGCAGUUCGGGAGGCAGGGCACCCUGAAGCACCACCUGCUCGUCCAUACGUCGGAGAGGCCGUUCAAGUGCGAGGAGUGCGGUAAGACGUGCGCCCGGAAGGGCGACCUGAAGACGCACAUGCUCAGCCACUCGGCGCAGCGGCCGUUCAGCUGCGGCCGCUGCAACGUCAGCUUCAAGCACGUUGCCAAGCUGCGGCAGCACGAGCGCCUCCACACGGGCGAGAAGCCGCACCACUGCGCGCUCUGCCCCAAGCGCUUCCGGCUCCACGCCUCGCUGGCGGCGCACCGGCUUACCCACUCGGGCGACAAGCCCUUCGAGUGCGGCGUGUGCCACAAGGCUUUCAGCGGCCGCAGCAACCUGAAGAAGCACCAGAUGAUCCACAGCGGCGAGAAGCCGUACCAGUGCGCCUACUGCGGCAAGGCGUGCCGCCUCCUGCAGCACCUCGUCGCCCACGAGCGCACCCACACGGGUGAGAGGCCGUACAAGUGCGCCGUGUGCGGGAAGGGUUACGGUCAACCGUCCACGCUGAAGGUGCACCUCUCGGCGCACGAGGAGAAGCCGCGCUGCCCGCUGUGCGGGCGGGGCUUCGCCGGGCUCGCCGAGCUGACGGCUCACAAGUGCAGCGAGGCGGUGGAGAAACCAUACCGCUGCGCCGAGUGCGGCAAGCGCUUUUCCCUGGCCGCCAACCUGAAGAACCACCAGACGAUCCACUCGGGGGAGAAACCCUUCGACUGUAAACACUGUGGGAAGCGGUUCAACCACAAGAGCAACCUCGCCAAACACGUCCGCAUUCACACGGGCGAGAAGCCCUUUGGGUGCCAACGCUGUGAGAAACGCUUCCGCCUCCGCCAGCAUCUCACGACCCACCAAGCAACACACAAACACUAGAUCUCUUCAAUUGAUCACCAACUGUUUGGAUAAUCAAUUAUUCAUUUUGAGUCAUUUUACUUUUAAAAAAAAAGGGAAAUUUCUCUGAUGCCAGCUUGUUAAAUGGGGAAAUUGUUCUAGUCUCUUUGCUUCUCUGUGACAGAAUGUCUUUGACAAGUUGUCUUUAUCCACAUGUGCAGAACUAUUCCCCCCCUAAAGUCAAUACUUUGUAGAGACCCCUUUUUCCUCAAUCACAGCUCUAAGUCUUUGGAUAAGUCUCUAUGAGCGUGCCUCAUUGUACCACUGGGGUUUUCUAUCCAUUCUUCCUUGCAAAGAUAACAUUUACUGAUAAUGAACAAAACAUUAUGGAUCGUAGAUAACGGGGUGAAACAUCAGGUUUCUUUUUAUCCAGAGCAAAUAGCCAGUUCUCAUCCUUGCCCCCAUUA